GUGCCUGAUCAUUUUUCUCGUUGGACGGAUCUGGUUGUGAUUGGCUUACGCGGAUAUUUGACCAGAUUUGGAACAUGUCACAUUGUGCUUACUUUCAGAUGGGCUGAUCUGGCACUACCACUUUUACAAUGAAUUGAGAAUGCGCCCUUAGCCAUUAUCAAGCUGCCAAGUAUCAUAUCUAACACUGUUGCUAAAGACUCGUUGCUAGAGACCCGUUACUAGACACCGCUAUUGGGUAUUGUCAGUUCAAAAAGUUCAAGAAUUUCAUCAACACUCCUUAUCUGGUUUUAAUUGGUUCUGUCGUUUCAAAAAUGGGGGCAGAAAUCACGAAUCCGAAGCUAAAUGUUGCUAUCAUCGGCGGCGGUCUUGGUGGACUUGCUCUCAGUAUUGGACUCCUUCCUUAUCGUGAUACCCUCAAUAUCACAAUUUACGAAGCAGCUCCUCGAUUUGCAGAAAUAGGGGCCGGAAUUGCAUCUGGUCCCAAUGCAGUGAAUGCCCUAGAUCUGAUCUCUCCUGAUAUCCUUAGAGGUUAUAGGAAGUGUGCAACAUUUAACGAAACCCGCAAUCACGAUAACGCAUGGUUAACUUUUCGCUAUGGAACGGGUAGCAAAAGUGGCGAUGGCAAAAAAUUGGACUUGAUUCAUCAUGUUGGAGAGAGAGGAAAAACUCUAGGAGAUAUUUCGAAAAUGCUGAUAAGAGAAGAGAUUAGAAGGAGAAGUUGUGUGCAUAGGGCUAGGUUCUUGGAUGAGAUGGCAGUGUUGAUUCCAGACGGAAUGGCGAGAUUCAAGAAAAGCCUAGUGAACGUUGAAGACCCGGAGGAAGACGACGAAGGCUUGAAGUUGACGUUUGAAGAUGGUGAAACAGUUUUCGCUGAUGUAGUGAUUGGCUGUGAUGGAAUCAAGAGUGCAACAAGGAACUUCGUCAUGGGAAACCAAUCAAUCGAACCGAAGUUUUCAAACACCUACGCUUAUCGAGCUAUGGUUCCCAGAGAUGUGGCCAGGGAGGCAAUAGGAGAUGACUUGGCACUAAAUGGGCAAUCAUACCUUGGAUAUGGUAGAUAUAUGAUUAGUUACCCAGUCGAGCAUGGGAAUUUGAUCAACUUUGUUGCAUUGAAAACAACUAAAGGCGUUGAAUGGGAUAAGAAAAACUGGUUGAUGCCUGCGACAAAAGAAGAGAUGGCAUCCGAUUUAGAAGGCUAUGAAGAGAAGCUAGUUGAAUUGGUCUCAAAAUUCUCUACUGGAGAUAAGUGGGGGCUCUUUCAUCUUCCACAUUCUCAGAAAUAUUUUCGCGGAAGGAUAUGUCUUAUGGGAGACGCUGCUCAUGCAAGUACACCCCACUUAGGAGCUGGCUCUGGUAUGGCAUUUGAAGAUGCAUAUGUCUUGAGUCGUCUUUUUGAGGGUGUCAAGAAUAAGACUGAUAUUCAAAAAGCACUUGAAGCUUAUGAUACGGUGAGGAGACCGAGGUCGCAAAAGUUACUUGAGUUUAGUAAGAAAGCUGGAGAACUCAUUUCAUUUACGCAUGAUGACUUUGGAGAUGAUGUGAAAAGGAUAGCUGACGAGAUUGAUUUGUUGUAUGAAUGGGUUUGGACAUAUGAUCUUGAAGGGAGUUUGGUAGAGGCAAAACGGCUUUCCGGUUUGUUCUAGUCUCUUCUCUAACCAUUGUGGAUUAUUCAGACUGUAUCGGGCAACAGGUAGAGAGAUAGCGUGCGUCUUUUUUGUGUCGGAGGUUGUCAUUUGUUGAAGAGAUCGAUCUCCUGCAGGAGAAUUCAAAGAAUGAGAUGUUAUUGAUACCUGGCCGUUCUUAAAUGGCUGAAGAAAGGAUUCAAAUGAGAUAAAUGUUGUUUGUAAAUGCAUGUCUGUACGCGAAGUGCAUUUGCAUGUAUCCACAAAUAUACCUAGAAGGCUAGUAUAUCAACUACGAUUCCGCGAUCUACAGAGAAUGGCGUGGCAGUCUGCCCUUGAGUCGUCCAACGGCCUCUCCAUACGGAGUACGGAAUCAGGCCCGAUGCAAGGGAUGCACUCGUAAGUCUUACAAAUCAUAGACGAAUGAGCUUGGGGGGCUCCAUAUGAACCAAUCAUUUCCAGGAGACCAAUCAUACUUCAUAUUGGAGAGUUCUUGUAUCUCACUGUAUUCAAGAGCAUAUGAAUAAAUACCUAUUA